GCUAUGCUAACAGGUUGCUUAGCCCGGUUAGCUCACUCACACACACACACACACACACACACGCAUAGUGUUAGCGAACAUAAAUGUAGCACCGUUGUAACGAGGACUUUGACAACACACGGAAGCUCUGGUGAACAUGUGAAGAUGCGACUACACUUAGGAAAACCCUGAAAAUGGACAAGGAGAGCAAACUGUCAUCUGCUGUCCAGGAUUUUGACUCUAAACACCAGAGGAGACCGAGAAAAGAACCUCAUUCAACCUCAACACCUUUUCAAAUAUUACCAAAUCCGUAUUUGUCUGACCACAUUUCAAGAGGGUCAGGUCUGAGUCCAAAGCUAGCUGCAAAAGGAGGAGAUGUGCCCAGAAGUCAUGGCUACAGCAGCAGCAGGCCGGUUAGAGAGAACAGCGAUGAUAUCCUACAGAGGGACAGAUACGUGAGGGAUCCACAAGCAAAGGCAUCUAAAAGCAACAAUGACUUCCAAGGUAGAACCAUGGGCAAGAACUCAAUGGAUGCACAGAAAAAAGGUCUUAGAGGGACCAGGUCUGCUCCAAACUCUGCAGGAAAGUCAAAACCAGCCACUACAAACUUUGUCCCAUUUGAAGUGAAGAUGGCUGACUUUCCAGAGUUAGCUGGUGUUUCAAGGAGCAAAGCUCCUCCUCCUCCUCCUGCUGCUGCUCAGAAAGAGUGCUGGGGUCCAAAUUCUCCAUCCAUGAGCCCCCACGCUCCAAAACUGGCGUCUUCCUGGAAGUCUGGCAGGACAGCAUCCCCACCACGAGCUGACCCCCAACAAAGUGCCACUGAUGCUAAGCCAGACACCCCUGCUAUCCCAGUAGGUCAGUCGGUGUUGACGUCUUGGGCUAAUAUUGCCUCUCAGCCUCCGAAGAAACCUGUUCCUAAUGAUAAGACAGUCAGCAGGAACCACAUGCAGACAGAGGACAAGGGUGCACAGCAGGAAGUAGGGGCCCCGGGGAAGAAAAAACGCAAGAAAAAGAAGAAGGCCAAAGGCGCUAGUGAAGACGCAGAAGCUGAGUCAGAAGAACCAGCGAUUCCUCAAGCGCCUCCAAAGUUUGAGGAUGAAGAGGAGUUCCCAGGUUUGACUUUUGCUUGGACUUGGACUGACAGGUUAAAAACCAGCAGCAAUGCAAAGCUAUGCAAUGAGGAGAACCAAAGAGAAGGAUCAGACCAGAACAAGGAGAAAUCAGCAGCAGCUAAAACUCAGUCUGCAGAAGCUGCUAAAAAAGGACAGAAAGUGGAGAAGGUCUCUGGGAAGAAGAGCAAAGUCCCUGUCCAGCUGGACAUCGGAAACAUGUUGGCUGCCCUGGAAAAGAAGCAACAAUCUCAGAAAACCAAGCAGGACCCUAAACCGGUCAUUCUCUCAGUUGGCGGUGGUCUACCUGUUGUUCAGAAGCAACCAUUGGCCCAGAAGAAGCUGCCCUGGCAGCAGGACAAAAUUGCACACAAUCCCCUGGACUCCACCAGCCCAUUGGUAAAGAAAGGCAAGCAGAGAGAGGUGCCCAAAGCCAAGAAACCCACUCCUCUCAAGAAGGUUAUUCUGAAAGAAAGAGAGGAGAGAAAACAAAGACGUUUGCUGGAGGAGAGAGGACUGCUGCCUGAAAAUGAUGCCACGCUUUCUAAUGAUGCCACAGAAGAAGAACAGUGUGACGCAAAUGCCACAGAUGGUGUCAGUGGUCCUCCAGAGGGAUUUGAGGAUCAGCUGGAGUUAAGUAACACAAACCAGAUGGCGGGAGAGGUUGAUGAAGAGACGGACAAGGAUGAGACCGUACAACACCAAACCACCUCACCUGAAAACUGCACGGCUCAUGCACUCAAAAUCCACAGCAGAAAGUUCAGAGACUAUUGCAGCCAGAUGCUGAGCAAAGACGUGGAUGAGUGUGUGACGUCUCUGCUGAAGGAGCUGGUUCGUUUCCAGGACCGCCUGUACCAGAAAGACCCCAUGAAGGCUCGCAUGAAGAGGCGGAUCGUGAUGGGCCUCCGCGAGGUCCUGAAGCACCUCAAACUCAGGAAGGUGAAAUGUGUCAUCAUCUCACCGAACUGUGAAUGCAUCCAGUCCAAAGGUGGCCUGGAUGAGGCUCUUCACACCAUCAUCAACACGUGUCGUGAACAGGGCGUACCAUUCGUGUUUGCGCUCUCCAGGAAAGCUUUGGGUCGCUGCGUCAAUAAGGCAGUGCCUGUCAGCCUGGUGGGCAUCUUCAACUAUGACGGUGCACAGAACUACUAUCAUAAGAUGAUCGAGCUGUCGUCUGAGGCCAGGACAGCCUAUGAGGUGAUGGUGUCGAGCCUGGAGCAGAGAGACCAGGCAGAGGCAGAGCAGGAGGCGAACACUGAGGAGCUGCAGAUCAAUAGCCUGGCUGACGAACCUCAACCUGGUCCUGACGCCACACAGCCGCCAGAGGAACCAGAAUAUAUCAAAAUCUGGAAGAAGAUGCUGGAGAAGGAAUGCAACCACUCAUUUCUGAACUUUGAGGAGCAGCUGAGCUCCAUGCACUUGGACAGCGAAUGUAUUGAAACCACUGAUGAAGAUGAUAAGAGUUGACAGUGGCGAAGCAUUCUGUGCCUAAAAAAAGAACCCGUUUGUGCUGAUAGCCAGCUCAGAAGAGACUAGGAUGGACUUAACCCCACGUGCAGGAGAAGAAGCCACGUGAGGUUGCUCUGCUGCUCGUGAUUCUCAGACUGGGAGCCACAACCACCCAGGACUUUGUGAGAUAAUUAACCAUGUUGCUAAUAUUUGCAAUGAAAUAUGAUUCUCUUAAGGACUCAACUAGUCACUUGAAAAGAUCCCACAAUAUGAAUUUUUACCAAUGUUGUCUGUGAUCCUGCCUCCAAGACGUAUAGGCAUCGUUGCAGUAAAUGUGAAGAGAAUAUUAGCCAGUCAUACAGCACUAAGGAAUAAUCAGUGAGGAUUUGACACUGUGUUUUGGAGCCAUUAUGUUGCAUUUUAUUUUUCUGUCAUAUAGCUUCAGUUCAAAAUAUUUUUCUAGUAAUUUUGCUAAAUAAGGUGUGAGAGGAGGGUGGGUGAUGUGUAGAAAACAAACUCAAAUAGGAUCAAGUAUAGAACUUGUAAAGUAAUAGUUGUGUAUCACCCUCUGUAAACGCAUAGAGAAAAAUCUGCAUUUCAAACUCAAGUUUGAGAAUGUGUAUGAAAGAUUUGUUGUUAUAGAAAAAAAUGAGUAGCCACUGUUUUGCCUGUAAAAGUGGGGCCAAAUGUCCUAUUUGUAACCUGUUUUCUCCAAAUCAAGUCCUUUUGGCACAGUAUAUGCUGUGUAUUUAUUAUUAUAACAUAGUGUUUUGUUGCUUCAUAAAUAAGUAAUUGGUAUAUUAAUACAUUUUAUUCUAACAAGUAAUAAUACCAUUCUUGUGACUGUAUUGUGCGCACACAGCACAGUCAAAAAUGAUUUUUUUUGUCACUUUUCCAGCUCAAUACAUUACAAACUCCUCAGCAUUUCACACACAGUUUGGCGCUUUCAAUCUGUACUAAGAUGUUCUGAAAAGCCAAUUUCUUUUUCUCAUGUUAUCUUGGAAUUACCUUAAAAUAAUUUGUGCACAAGUGAUAUUCACAAAUCCAAAUUUUCAUCCUACAACUACAAAUCUUUUGUACAAUUCACAAACAGGAUGAUAUACAACCACAUGCCAAGCUUACAAUCCUUUUGACUGUAUUUUUUCUAAAACUUGUAGAACACCAUACAGAGCUUUAGUUUAUAGCUUAAGAAAUAAACACUGAUAUUUCUGUGCUUUUUGAACAGGAAAGUAAUGUUAAAUAUCACAAACUGUUAACUUGGCUCAGUUUUCUGUUUUUCCACAUAAGGAGAAAAAAGUAUAGAGCAGGAUAAUUGCAAAAUGGGAGACAUUAAAGACAUCUGAACUGCUAGGUGACAAUCACAUGUUAAAAAAACAGCAAUAUAUUAUCAAAUGUAAAAUCCGUAAGCAAGAGAAGACUUGUGAUUGUGACAUUUAAUAUAAUUUUGACGAACAAAUUACUAAUAUGAAAUUUAAUUUCAUGGAAAGUAAAUGUGAUGUCUAAUGUGGUUUAAAAAAUAGUUCAAAAUGUUCAGUGUAGAAUUCUAUUAUUUGAGGAUGGUUUGGAAAUUAGGCUCAAGAAAGGUGCCUCUUUAAAAUCCUGUAAAUAUUGAAUUGAUAUAAUUGAUAUUGAACUGAUGAAACAAUAUCAGAUUGAUUUUUGUCUUACCUAUGUAGAGUUUUAUAGGAAGAAGGUGGAAAAGAGGAAUGGAAUAAUACAAAAAACGUAGUUUUCAUGGAAGACAUGUUGCAGCAGGAGCAUGUAACACUUGUUACUGGAGCAUUUAAUUGUAAAGAUACAUCUUUAAUGUUAACAUGUAACAGCAGUGCAACAUGUAUGUUUUGGAAAAUGGUCUGUACACAGUCUUAAGUUUUAUCUGAAUGUUUAAACGGUGACAGCUUGACAUUUUAGGAAAUAUUUUUGUUUACUUUGUGGUGGAGUUGCAUGAGAAGAUUGUACCCAACAGGUGGUUAGGUUAGCUUAGCACAAAGACUGGAAACAAAGGAAAUAGUUAGCCCAGGUGUGACUCUGAAGAUCAUUAAUUGGUGCCUUUUCUUUGGUUGUUAAACCGGCUGGUUGCCUGGCACCAAGAAAUGGUCUACCACAAAAAUGCACUGUAAAAUGGCUAACAGUCAUUUUGGAAAGUUGCCUAUUCACAAUUGAGCUAUAAAUGUUAUUGUGUAAGCAUAAGAGGUGCUGAUUGACUGAUUUGUUUAUCUUUUGAUAGAGACGGCUUAAUUUCCAGUCUAUGUGCUAAACUAAGAGGAGCAACCAAGCUGCCUGAACAGCAAGUAAGCAUUUUCCCCAAAAUGUCGGCAUAUUCCUUCAAAUGCUCUGCUACAAAAUGAUUCAGAGACGUAUGUGGUACUGAGAGACCGAACUGUGAAACAUUAGACCUGCGUGAUGAUAAAGUAUUUGGCACAGAGGAAAUGUCCAGAUGUAAAGAUCUAUUUUUUGACUCAACUGUUUUAUAAAUCCUUGAAUAUAGAUACUAUAUGUAAGUCGGAUUGAUUCUCUAAAACAAUGGAGUGACUUUUUUAUAUAUACAUUAAUAAUGGUUACACAGGAGCCUAAAAUGAGGACAGUUUGCAGUCGAUUAAUUUUCAUCAAUGUAAAUUGUGAUUUAAAUAAAGAAGACAAAUCUGUUUA